AUGGAGUCCGUUCGCCAGUCUUGUCGGCCAAAGCACCAGGUCCUGACCUUGAAAUGUUAUCCGAAAUACCAGAAGGGGGUGUCGGAGGUCCGGCCGAAUCCUAGUGAACUCUCCUAUUUGCUGUACUAUACGAGCACGCGCCGCAGCAAGCUGACCAAGGUCGGCGGUUUCCUGGAGAAGAGAGUUGCCCGAGAUGUCUGGAGACGCAGAAUAGGGAAUGUUCAGGUGGCGCUGCAUAUCAUGGCUGCGCUCAUCGAAAAAGUUCCUCGCGACCUUCCUAUCUACGCCCGAUCCGUCAUGACAGUAAUCGAUACCGUUCUGCGAUCCAAUGACAUAAAUAUGGUGGAGGAAUCGAUUGUGACCUUCGAAAUGUUCUGCCGGCAUCAGGACAUUGCGGCCAUUGCGGCUGACCAGGGCCUCGCACAGCAAUACCGAGAAGUCGUGCGAACUUACACCAGCCUUGCCGACCCGGAAUUCACAUCCAACUCCAACGCAAAUCUCAGCCCGCAGGUGGCCAUCCGAUGGAGAAAUGCGGGACUGCGAGCUAUCAGAGCUGUGGUCAGCUCAGAGACCUUGGCCGCAGAUGGAGGAAUAUCGCUGAAGCUCUGCUUGCCAGUUAUUCUGAAGAACCUCUAUUCUGACGAUGAGGAUCUUCUUACGACACUGAAGGCCAAGCUGACCGAAUCUGACCCGAAUGAACGUGAAGGGCCCAAACCCCGCCGAAUGAGUGUCAACACGGUGCACACAGUCGACACGGCAGAGGGUGACCCCGAGCUGGCAGCGCAGUCAGCCGCUGACGCGGAUCGAAAGGCGGAAAUGGGCGCUCGGCUCUUGGCCCUGCGCUGUCUCGAGCAAACCAUCGUCUCGGGGAGUAAUCGGGGCCAGAUCCGUAUUGCAGUAACGGUGAUUCUACAGUUCAUCUCAAGCAAGGGCUUCCCACAGAGCGAAAAGCGUGCCCGGAUCAUCGAGGGUAAAAGUGGCAACUGGGCAACAUCUCUGAUCGAACUCAUUGCGAACUGGUGUCCGGUGCAAGUUCGUUUUAUCAUCUUGAUCACAGCUAUGGAGAUUCUCCACAAUACAAGCCCCAAGGAGGAUGCUUUAGAGUCAUCAUUCACCAUUCUCUCUGUGGUGGAUUGGCUUCUCAGAUCUUCCGUGAACAUGAUUGGACUCAGCGUCAUGGACAUCCUCUUUGGACUUAUGCACUACGCUUCUGAUAUACUCUCACCGCCAGAGCGUACUGGGUCUGCAGAAUCAGAGAAGAAAUCAAAUCGAGCUGAAUUCGUGGUUCAAAUCUCCCCCCGACGACAGGAUCUUCUUACGCUUCUGGAGCAGUGUAUUGGAGAUCUUGCAACGCACAUCUACUACGGAGACCAGGUCGCAGACAUGAUGCGGGCUAUUCUCAGGCGUUUCAAGCCUAAUAUCCACCAAGAUAGUUCCGCGCCAUCCACAUUGGCAACCGUUCACGAAUCCGGAGUGGCGCAUGAGGGGUCGACAAAUUCCGGAUCUGAGACAAAUGGAGAGAAAGCAAGCACAGAAACCUUCUCUCAUGCUGCCGCUAAACUGACUGCUCUCCGAGCCGUCAAGGCCAUCUUGGUUGUGGCUAAUUCAAAAACGCCAGCCACCAUGUCUGGCGCAGAAUAUAGACAACCGGUCGGCAUCCAUGUGUGGGAAGGAACCCAAGUACUUCUUCGUGAUGCGGAUCGUGAUAUUCGCUAUGCCUAUACCGAUGCAUUCCUAUCAUGGCUGCAGAUUGAGACCAAUGGGGGCGAUCUCAAGGUGCGAUUAGAUUCACCCAAGUACAUCAAGACAACCCCCAAGAAAGACUCCGAGGAGAUGGAUAGGCCGACUCGACGAGCUACCUCGGCUCCUGGGAACCAGAGGGACAAAGUGGCGCAAGUGGCACAGUCGAACUUCCUCCGUCUUCUGCACUUGGCUAUCUAUGAUGCUGCACUCGAGGCAGCUGCUGAGGACGCCGAGAUUCUCCUGCUGCACCUACUUCUUGCAAAUCUUGUCGAGAACCUCGGGGUGAAUGCCGCUCAAUUCGGUGUUCCUAUGGUUCUUAAAUUGCAAGACGACUUGUUUACAUCUAUGGAUCUGAGUUCCUUCGCAGCUCGCGUUAACAUUGGAAGCUUGAUACAUGGAUACCUUCUUGCGCUGUCUGAGCAUUUCGACAUGCAGUCCUCCCCCGUGGGUCUUGAGAUAAGUAAUGAGAUUCAACAGCGACAGGGCAACGGAUAUUGGCUUUUUAAAAUCCGCCUGCCCCCAGUCGAUCUCUAUGCCAUUGUUUUUGACAGUGAGAAGAGGUCUGACAAUGACUCCACCUCCCCACCUCCAUUGACACCCUUCCGUAAUGUCGACGGACUUGUCUAUAUGAUUGACGAGUCUUAUCGCAAAUUGGUAUCGUCUCCUCCACAAAGCCCCUCGACUUCUUCUCCAGCACGAGGAUUCACAUUCCCGGUACUUGGGCACCCCGCAACAGCAGUGAAAUCCCAGGUUGAGGGCGGUCUCCCGCCCGCCGUGAAAGAACAGAUGUUGUCUCCGUGGUCUCGCGAGGCAUGCCUGGCAGCUGUCGAUAAGGAAAGCAAUGGAGCAUCAUCGAUAAAUGGCUCUCGGGCUACUCAGAAUGCUCGCAACAACCAAACCAACGGGGCUACAAAUGGCUCACCCGCCGGUUCCCAAUAUCCCCGCCGCAUGAGCAUUCCGGAGAUAACAGGCUCGUCAUCCCAAGGCUCGAGCAGAGGCUCGCCUGUUCGCGUCAAUGAGCUUCGACGCGUGCUUUCGAUUACUAACGACUCCCAUGCUCGACGCCUCAGUCCAUUGCGUGGACGACUUGACGCAUCGAAUGCCAGUAUCAUUUCUUCCGGGAGCGAUAGCAUGAUCAGCGGCAACUUCUCUGUUUCCGAGAUAGAUGGAGAUGCUACCUCAAUUCGACCAGAGAGCCAACAAACACCCGAUGAAGAUGGAACAGAGACACCCCGCGCUUCGGCCGCUGCAUUUGUCCUAUCAGGCGAUAAAGCCCCAACCGACGAAUCCCCGAAUCCACCAUCCCUGAAUCGGGUUGAUUCAGACGCAGAAAUCCCUCCCGUUCCACCGAUCCCGGUCGGCUUGUCGAUCCCAGGUGGUUUCCCGAACGACCCACAGCGCUCGCUGACCUCAUAUGAUCGCCCAUCCACCGCACCGGGCCCCUCAGGACAGUCUCUGGUGAGAGACAGGGCUGAAGCUAGUGCCUUAAAUCACAAACCUCUAAACCGCAACAAGAGCCGGUCCAAUCAUAGCCUUGCCACAGCUGGAAUCCCCGAACUCUUAACCGACUAUGAGUCCAGUGCCCUGGAUGGUAACCACCAAGAUCAACUGAGGAAGCUCUUGGAUGGGUUCCUCUCGCCCGGCGAGACCGCGCUGGCGAAUGGAAACCGCCCGGCAACUGCCAAACCUGCUUCCAAGGCUCCGCUGAGCGGAUCUAACAGCAGACGACAGGUCAGCGGAGGCCUUGGUCGGCCACCCUAUUGA